AAAAAGGGAUUUUGAGAGUUGUGGCUCUAUCUUUAGAUGCAUGACCGGGCUGUGCUCCCGAGUUAAUUCUGUGGUACAUAACUCCUUUUACAGAACCACAAGUUUUCCUCUUCUCCUAGUCUCGCUGUUACUGUUCUCUUCACACCCGUUACAAACAAUUAUGGAUAACAUGAGAGCUAUUAUUCUCUUCCACCUCUAUGCUUGGUUGCUAUGCUUUUCUCAGCCACCAUUACCAUGUUUAGCAAGAGAUACUUUAAACGCAGGCGAGAAGAUAAUAGGCAAUGAAACUACCCUUGUAUCAGCAGGAAAAAAAUUUGAACUAGGCUUCUUUUUCCCUGUUGGAAACAUCACUGGCGUCAAAGGAAGAUACUUAGGGAUAUGGUAUUACCGGCAAGAUGGCUCAGAACCAUACACAGUUGUGUGGGUUGCAAAUAGAGACAAACCUGUAACUGUUGAUUCUACUGGAGUUUUUCAAAUUGCCAAAGAUGGGAAUCUUGUAGUAGCAGAUACAUCAUCUGGGAAGAAGAACUACUGGUCAUCCGAACUUAAAAACUCUUCAUCCGCGAAUAAGACAGUGAAGUUGAUGGAUUCUGGGAACCUAGUGUUACUAGAUGAAGACUUGGGAAUAAAACUAUGGCAGAGCUUUGAACACCCAACCGAUACGUUCUUGCCAGGAAUGAAGAUGGAUAAGAAUUUGGGAUUGACUUCUUGGAGAAGUCUUGAAGAUCCAGGAAGUGGGAGCUUCACUUUUAAGAUGGCUCAAACAAGUGAUCACACCCGUUUCAUCAUCUUAAACAAUGACCAACUUCACUGGGAGAGUGAAGAUCAACAGUACUCAUCAAAUUCAGAAGCAACCCCUGGUGACAUAAGCAUUGAAGUUUACUUUUUGUUGACCAACUUCACUACCCUAAUAGCAAAGAACCUAAGUCUCAUGAGCUAUGAGAACACGAGGCUGUUUAUUAAUUCUACCGGUGUGAUACAAUUUAAGGUGAGGGGUAAUUUCCAAGAGGAAUCCAGUCAAUGGCUGCAGCCCAAAACCAUGUGUUUGAUAUAUAAUAAUUGUGGGAAUUUUUCUAGCUGUAAUGACAAUGACAGGAUAUGCAAGUGUUUGCCUGGAUUUGAUCCAAUGUCUCCUCAAAAUGAUGUCAUCACGAGAGAGGGAGAUUCUUCUCUACAAGGCAAGGGAUGUAUCAGAAAAACAGCAUCAUGUGCAAAAGACGCCACAUUCUUGAACUUGGUCAUGAUGAAAAUAAGAAGCCCGGAUAAAAAGGUAACAGCAGCAAACGAAUCAGAAUGCCAAUCUAUGUGCCUUAACACGUGUCCCCAGUGCGAAGCUUAUUCAUAUGCUACACCUACUACACGGCGUGAUCUUAAUCCCACCACCUGUUGGAUCUGGACACACAAUUUAACUACUCUUGUAGAAGAGUACCUUGAUGGUGAUGAUCGUAAGCUCUUUGUUCGGGUAGACAAAUCAGACAUAGAACCGACUCCAAAAACUUGUGAGCCUUGUGGAACAAACAUAGUCCCUUAUCCGCUGAGCACUGGACCAAGUUGUGGUGACCCAAAUUACUUCAAGUUCAGCUGCAACAACUCAACAGGUCAGCUUAGCUUCUUCCCGAACACCACCGACCAAACCUACCCAAUUACUAGCAUGGACCCAGAUUCGAAAAAGUUCUCUAUUCUGCUUUCUCAGGACUAUUCUUUCAAUCGUUAUUGCGGUGAAAGAGAGAAAAAUCUCAGUAUUUCUUCACCGUUUAGUAACGACAACCUGUGCUCUAACCAAUUAGAGGUCAGUUGGCAACCACCGUCCGAACCCACUUGUGCAGAGUCCAUUGAUUGCCUCGGUUGGAAACAUUCAACUUGCAAAGGAAACAGGUGUCUUUGCGAUGCAAACUAUUAUUGGCAUGGCGAUCUCUUGAGUUGUACAGAAAAAGCUAUAUCCUCUUCUAAUCCUAUUCCUACUAUAGAAGAUUCAACAAGAAAAGGAAACUCCAAAAGCUCACUGUCUUUGACUCUUAGCCUAAGUCUUACAGGAGUGGUUAUUCUAGCAUGCACACUUAUUUUUGCUUAUGUAUGCAGAAGAAAAAUAGCUCUUAAGCAAGACAGGGAAAACAUACAGAGAAAUAGAGGGCGCUUUUAUGACAGUGAAAGACAUGUAAAAGAUUUGAUAGACAUGGAGGGAUUACAAGAACAGGACAAUGAAGGCAUAGAGGUUCCCUAUUUUGAUUUUGAGAGCAUUUUAGUUGCUACGGAUCACUUCUCAGAAGCAAAUAAGCUUGGGAAAGGGGGUUAUGGGCCAGUUUACAAGGGUAAGCUUCAAGGUGGUCAAGAUAUUGCGGUAAAGAGGCUCUCAAGUGUUUCAUCACAAGGCUUACAGGAAUUCAAGAAUGAGGUUGUUUUAAUUGCCAAACUUCAACAUAGGAACCUUGUUAGAUUGCGGGGCUAUUGCGUAAAAGGAGAAGAAAAAAUAUUACUUUAUGAAUAUAUGCCUAACAAGAGCUUAGACUUAUUUAUAUUCGAUGCAACACAAAGUGUACUUUUGGAUUGGCCUAUGCGGUUUGACAUAAUUCUUGGAGUUGCUCGUGGUCUUCUUUAUCUUCACCAAGACUCUAGACUGAGAGUAAUUCAUAGAGAUUUGAAAACCAGCAACAUUCUUCUAGAUGGAGAGAUGCAACCAAAGAUUUCAGAUUUUGGAUUGGCAAGAAUAUUUGGACCUAAAGAGACCGAGGCAAACACGGAGAGGGUAGUGGGGACUUAUGGAUACAUGUCUCCUGAAUAUGCAUUGGAUGGACUUUUUUCAAUCAAAUCAGAUGUUUUCAGCUUUGGUGUGGUUCUGCUUGAGAUUAUUAGUGGGAAGAAGAACACGGGAUUCUAUCAAUCUAAUUCAAGCCUUUUGGGUUAUGCUUGGAGAUUAUGGGAAGAGAACAAGUUACUAGAUUUAAUGGAUUUAUCUCUAGGUGAAACUUGCAAUCCAGACCAAUUUGUUAGGUGCGCACGUAUUGCACUCUUAUGUGUACAAGAUGAACCAGAUGAUCGACCAACCAUGUCAAAUAUUUUGACAAUGCUUGACAGUGAGACUAUAACUCUUCCAAUCCCUAAACAAGCAACAUUUUUUGCACGUAAAGAUCUACCCAGCACAUCUUCUUCAAGUGUGCGGUUUGAGAGUAGCACUCAAGAAGGUCGAUAGAGCAUUAUAAAGAAUCAUAGAGCAUUAAUUAAUAAUGUUGAUAGUUUCCUUUUCCCGCUUUCCUUAGAAAAAAUCAUGUAAGCUCUAUUUAGGAGAACAAAACAUCAAGUGUCAGCA